UCGUUGUCAUCAGACAGCCAGGUGAAGCUGAGUCGUCCCAUAGUCGUCCUUCUUCAAUUCAAUCCCCCAUCCUCGUCCUACCUACUUGCUCCGAGUCAACAAAACAACGCGCAUUGUAUUAUUUAUUUAUUUAUGAAUUCCAAAGUACGUAAGCGUUAUCUGUAAAAUUUAAAUAAAUUUCAAAUGCAUAUGUUUUUAUAAAAAACAGAGAACGGUACAGCUUUUACGGAGAAGCUACAGUUUGUGCGGAAUCGUCUUCAAAAAUGAGUUUUAAAUUAUAUAAACUAUUAUGUAGAACUUUUACUACAAGCACCAGAGUUCCUCAAGUUUGCAUUGUGGGAGCAGGUCCCGCUGGAUUUUACGCGGCUAUGCAUUUGACAAAAAACCUUCCCCAAGUAAAGAUUGAUAUCAUUGAAAAAUUACCUGUCCCAUUUGGAUUGAUAAGGUAUGGAGUAGCUCCAGAUCAUCCCGAAGUAAAAAAUGUUAUCAACCAGUUCACAAAAGUGGCUCAGCAGCCAAAUGUCAAUUUCUAUGGGAAUAUAACAUUAGGGAAUGAUGUCAAAAUAAGUCAAUUGCGACAAUAUUAUGAUGCAGUAUUAUUGACAUAUGGUGCUGAAGAAGAUCGUAUACUAGGUAUUGAAAAUGAAGAUGCUAAAAAUGUGAUUGCUGCUCGUAGUUUUGUUGGAUGGUAUAAUGGACUCCCUAGUGAUAAAGACUUAAAGAUUGAUUUAUCAGGACACACUGCUGCAAUACUUGGACAAGGUAAUGUGGCACUUGAUGUUGCAAGAAUACUACUAUCUUCUAUUGAAGAAUUAAAGAAGACAGAUAUCACAGAAUAUGCUCUUAACACUUUAGCUGAAUCAAAAGUGAAAGAACUAUACUUAAUUGGAAGAAGAGGGCCCCUACAAGUGGCUUUUACCAUUAAAGAAUUGAGAGAGCAGAUCAAACUUAAGAAUUGUAAGACAAUUUGGAGAGAACAAGAUUUUGUUGGUGUAGAAAAUGCUAUUACUAAUUUACAAAGGCCAAGAAAAAGAUUGACUGAAUUGAUGGUGAAAUCUUUUAAAGAGAGUCAAACACAAAGUAAUGUUGGUUUUGAUAAAUAUUUUAAACCAAUAUUUUUCAGAAGUCCUCGAAAAUUUAUAGUGAAUGAAAAAAAAGAAUUAACAGGCAUUGAAUUAACCUGCAAUGAGUUGCAAGGAGAAACAUUAGAAGAAAAGAAAUCAGUGCCCACUGACAAAAUUGAACUCUUGCGAUGUAGUUUAGUCUUUAGAAGUAUAGGAUAUAGAAGUGUCAAAGCUGAUGAUGAGUUGAAAUUUGAUUCAAAUGGACUUGUAACAAAUAAUAGAGGUAUAGUAGAAAACAACACAGAGGACUUAGCAAAGAUGUAUGUUGCUGGAUGGUUGGGUACAGGUCCAGUGGGAGUCAUAUUACAUACUAUGGGCAAUGCAUUCCAAGUAGCCAAAGUUAUAGUAGAAGAUUUAAAAAAAGAUAACAACCCACAUUUAAAAGGAGGAUUUGAAGAAGUAAAAAAAAUAAUAUUACAAAACAAUUAUCAUGUAGUGGAUUGGAAAGGGUGGGAGAAAAUUGAUAAAUAUGAAAUUGAGCAGGGUAAACUAAAAGGUAAACCUCGUGAAAAAGUUUGUUCAAUAGAAAAGAUGCUAGAAAUAGCUGUUUAAUUUAAGUGAACAAGAUUUUAUUAUUGUUUUGUAUAAUAUUUUUCUAUAAGUAUCUGUAAAUCAUUAAAUACAUAAGUACUGACAAUAUAUUUUUACAAAUGUAUUUUA